UUAUGUGUCUGCCUAACCUGAAAUUGAACGUUCAAGAAAAAGAAGCUUGAAGCUAAUUAUUAAUAGCAAGGGCCAUGUGGUAUCCCUGACUUGGACUACAGUAGUAAAACAGCCUGUGUUAAAGUCCAAAAAGCAACACUGAAAGAAGCGUACAGAGUUCCAUUUGAAGUCAGUUGACCAUAUGUACCAUGGAGAUUCCAGUCUUUAUAGUUGACGCCUUCACCAGUUUGCCAUUCAAGGGUAACCCGGCUGCUGUUUGUCUUUUAAAACAUCUGAGUGAUGAAUUGUAUCAGACGGUAGCGGCUGAGAUGAACUUGUCAGAAACCGUCUUCGUCACUGCAAUCAAUUCUGAGGAUUUCACAAAAGGGUCGAGGUUCCGGCUUCGUUGGUUCACACCCACCAAUGAGGUCAACCUGUGUGGUCACGCGACCUUGGCCUCUGCUGCUGUGCUCUUCCACCAUAAAAAAAAUGUGAAUUCUGCUGUGGUGUUUGAGACCAAGAGUGGAGAUCUGUCUGUUGUCCAGCAGGGAGAGGACUUGGUGAUGGAUUUUCCUCUCAACCCACCCACUAAACAGGAUCCAGAUGAUUUUCGACACCUGAUCAAGGUUGCAGUAGGAGACCACCCAGUCAAGGAUGUUUAUCUGAGUUCUACCACUAAGAAACUGCUACUUCGACUGGCUGAUACUUGUGACAGGUCAGUGCUCACAAGUCUGACAGUCAACCCCGCAGCCCUUCUAAGCAGCGACACCAGCGGGAGAGUCAAAGGUCUCAUAGUCACCCUGAAAGGAUCUCCAGACGGUCAGCCAGGAUACGACUUCUACUCCAGAUAUUUUUCCCCAUGGAACGGAAUACCAGAGGAUCCUGUCUGUGGUUCUGCACACACUGUUCUAGGUAGCUACUGGUCAAAGGAACUAGGAAAGAGGAAAAUGCUAGCGUUCCAGUGCUCCAGUCGAGGUGGAGAGCUGGACCUGGAGGUGAGAGAUGACGGAAGGCUCAACAUAGCGGGAAAGAGCUUCACUGUGCUGCGGGGAACAAUCACACUGUAGUCACCACUGAAAAAAGAGAAAAGUUCACAUAUUCAUCACAAGUUUUAUUAGCUGCAAAGGUCACACAUACAAAAAUAAAAAUGCAAUACUUAAAAUGACAAAACAAGAAAAAGUUGAUGGAAGGUGUUAAUAAAUACGUUUGAGGAAUCACAUUUGAUCCAAGAAAUUAAAGUCAGCUUAGUUUCUCACCAUUAGAUUGGAUAUUUUACGUAAUUGUUAUUUCAUAUAUAUAUCUCCAAGACUCACAUUGUCACAAUAGGAGGCAGAGUUUUACAUUAAUCUUCACAGCAAAGCAUUUUGUGGCUACCCUAGCAUAUAAGCUCCCUCAAAUGUAUUCAAGUAUGACUUUUAGCAGAUGAUCCAAUGAAUAAAACGCAACA